AUGCGUCUCGGCUCCAACAGUUACGAUGUGCAACGGACGGAGGCCAUCGGUCAGGUGUCCGUGAAGUCUCCGCCUCCGAAUCACAUCACCUGCACCGUCUCAUUCUUGGAUAGCACUUCGUACCACUUUGAAAUUGAGGUGAGUCACGGGCGAAGUUGUUAUUGUCAACAUCCUGCUUUUUCCAGAAAAACUCUCUCGGAAUAGUCCUUUUGGAGAAGGUUUUCACCUAUUUAGAGAUCAUUGAAAAAGACUUCUUCGGAUUGGUUUUCAUCGCCGUCGACAGUUCCAGUCAACAACAGAAAGUGAGUCCAACAAAUACAGUACGUUCCAAAGGCUUUUUCACUUCAGAAAUGGCUGGACCCGUCGAAAUGUCUGCGGAAACAGAUGGUCUGUCCCCCUUAUCACCUGUUUUUUCGCGUCAAAUUCUACGUCCGCGAUCCGAAUCGUCUGAGGGACGAGUUCACGAGAUUCCAGUUCUAUCAACAGGUUCGGUUGAAUCUCGAGGAAGGACGGCUGCCGUGCAAUGAGGGAUCUCUGGCUCUUCUCGCCAGUUAUGUCGUCCAAUGUAAUCAUUCAACUUUUUAUAUAGACUUCCACGAGCCACAUUUGCAGCCGAGGUCGGUGAUUUCGAAGAGAAAACACAUGGAUUAACGAGGACUUGUCUCUGCUAUAAAAUCCAGUUUGCCACGUUGCCAGAUGACUUUUCGGAUCGGGUCGCAGAACUUCAUCAACUUCACGUGUAAGUUUUUAUUUUCUUAAAAGAAACAUUUUGAAUCCAAACCGAGCCACACUUUCAGUGGCCAAACGCCGGAUAUUGCCGAGCAAAACUUCCUCGAUCACGCUCGACGGUUAGAAAUGUACGGAAUGGACGUGUACGACGGACGAGACGCCAAUCAUCUUCCGAUUGAGAUCGGCGUCGGCGCGGUCGGCAUAAAAGUGUUUCACGACGGAAUGAAGAUGAAUGAAUACGUCUGGGCGAGGAUUCGGAAGCUCAGUUUCAAGAAAAAACAGUUUCAAGUGCUCGUUGCGAAUGAGGACGGACCGGUGAGCAAUUGGAAGUGGCUUUUAUUGCCACAUUCUCGAAUCCCAACUUUCAAGAAUGUAUAUAUGUAACAGCGCGCAGCACGGUGAUUUUUUUUCUGGGGGGCGCAGUGGAGAGAGGAAGAAAGUUCGACUGCUCGUGCGUUCUUUUUGCGUCUCUUUGUUAGUUUACAUCAUAAUGAACACAUUCCCAAAAAAUCAAGUGAAAUGAAUCAGUAUUCAUCCGACGGCACGCAUCUGAAGUCCCAGAACAGCCAAAGAGCGCGCGGGCGGCUCUCCAAGCCUUCUUCUGUGCGCCAAAACUUCAGAUGCGUGCCGUCGGACGAAUACUUAUUCAUUUCACUUGAUUUUUUGGGAAUAAGUUCAUUGUGAUGUAAACUAACAAAGAGACACAAAAAGCACGCACGAGCAGCCAUUUUUUCCAAAAAAGCUAUUUUCCAGUGACCUAUAGACAUUUUUGCGAGUUUCUUGUUGCUCUUUCUUAGUUUUGCUCAUAAUGAACGCAUUAACUAUGACAAUUGAUAAGAUUAAUCAGUAUUUCUGCGGCGCCGCGCAUCUAAAGUCCCUGGAACGGCGCUAAAUUGCUAACAGCGAAAGCUUUCCAUAACUGAAUUUCCUAGGCCACGACCAUGACGUUGACUGACACAACGAAGAGCUCCCUCGUCCCUUAUCGUUCUCACAGUCAAAUUUUGCAGAACGAAACAAUAAUGAUCUUCAACAUUCUCUCGUCGAAAACGUGUAAACUUCUCUGGAAAUGUUGCAUUGAACAACACACGUUCUUCCGUUUGAAAACACCGCCGAAGACUCCGAACCGGAAAGUGUUCAACUUCGGAUCAAAGUUUCGGUACAGCGGCCGCACGGAAUAUCAGACAUUGGAAGAGAAUGAGCACAGAAAAACAGCGGGACACAGAAAUUUCCAUCGGUGAGUCACAAUUUGCUAUGACGAGGCGAGAGAGUGCAUGUUGUUCGUAUACGAGUUAUAACUCAAUUAUCAUGAGGAUAUUUGUGGCGGACCACCCAGUUCGUUAUUUCGUUAGUGCUAUUUAAAGGGCGACGGAAAAGAAUGCAGCUCUAACAAUAUCCCUGUAAAAAUUACUUCCGCAAGCAUGGAAUUCUUGCGCCGAAUUUCUUGGGUUUUUUGGAAAUCUCGAAGCAGUUGAUGCUCUUCUCGAACAUUCCAUUACUUGCAGCUCUCUGUCGAAGAACUCGUUCCUCCGCUCGACGUUCUCCGGCAACACGCAGUCCAUAGACUCCUCCCGCUACACGAACACCACCACAACCGACUCCCCGGAACUUCCGUCCAGGUACGUUCCUUUCCUAUCCCUCGCCAUUCACUGCAUGCCUCGUUCACUCAGUGGUCAGCUGUUGGCACAUCGUCUGUUGAGUGCCGCCCGUCACGACACCGACUCUUCGGAAGCACUCGGCUACGCUUCGGACGGCGCCGUCGCCUGUGCCCCCCUCACCACCCCACUCUCACCACGUCGCACUCGAGACUACGCCACCGAUAGGUACGCUUGAUCCCAAUUAGAAGAAGCAGAAGAAGAAGACGACGAAGAUGCAGAAGAUGCUGUUAGUAGUACGAGGCUUCCUCUUUGUAUCAAAUUGCUUGCUCUUCGGCUCUUAUUUGCCCUGAGCAUUUUCUCUGCUUCUCUACAAAUCUUCGUGCUCUCUGAUCAAGUAUCACCCGAAAAGAAGCACUUCCGUCCGCUUUGCCUCCUCAUUUGGCACUCUUAUCAACUGUGUCGUUCUGUUUUGACAAGUCUGUCGCUUCCAUCAAUCAAUCCUCCUCUCCUCCUUCAUCCGCCGACGUCUUCUUCUGAUAACAUUUAUCUUUCCUUUUCUUCGACUUCUUUCACAUCGACUUAUGCAACCGCAACCACAGCCACAACCAAUCAAUCGAGCGAAACUGCAGAAGUUGGUGGCAGAAAGCGGAAGGCGUCGGCGGGGAAGGAGAAGGACGAGGUGAGACUAACCACCAGCUUCACCACGGAUCCGAUCUACUAUUAUAAUGGUCGAAGAGAACAACUUGACUGGUUUCAAACGCUUUUAUUGUUCUGCCAUGGAGCGUCGUUGCUUUCUCCAAAAGUUAUUGUAUAAUCCCUCACCUCGCCAUUCUGAAAGAGUAAAGAGCAAGUGCCGCCUUCUUCCUUCUCGGUCUCCAAAUACAUAAAUACACAGACCCCCCACCCUCGGAUACACAUAAAUGGGCGCUGUUUGUCGGUGUUUCUGUCACCUUCCAACGCAGCACAAACACGGCAACCAACCCUCUUCCGCCGCUUUUUGCAUUCUCGAAUCGAACUGACCCACCCCACCUCCUCAAUUUCUUCCGCAAUGAAAUGAAAUGCUCUCGGAUCGAAUCAGUGCUCUCCGGCCGCCCCGGCACUCCCGGCUCGUUUAUUUAUCCGCCGAGCUGUCAUUAUCAACAUUUUUGCUGCCUGUCAUAUCGCCCCCUUUCGUUUUUCCUCCAUCACCGCUCGUGAACCGGAAAUCAUCCGGCUCACCGUUUCAUUUCCAUCGAAAUGCCGUCUUUUUGACUGAAAUCGCUCUGCUGUUCGUCUCCUCAUUUUCCCUUUUUGUCGAUCUUCAAACCAGUUCUCGUUCCUCACAUUGUCUACCUCAUGUCACAAGACGAACCGACCGAUGAUGAGGUCGCUAAUCAUCCAGUUCGGAACCCUUUUUGCAAAAAUUACAGUUUUGACUCAUUGACGGCUUUCGGAAUCUUCUCCAAACCAAUAUUUUGGUCAUCAGUUGCCAGCCCCACCCUCCCAUUCAUAACUCCAUUUUCGUUCAUUCCACGAACAACCAUUCUCAUUCUGAGUCAUGCCGUUUAGUCCUCAACUCAACGACAAAUAUAUAAGUAAUAAGAAGGUAGUUUGUCUCGAUUAUUAUUUAUUUUCCGUCUCUCUUCACUCAGAAGAAUGCGAAUUUUAUGUCGUCAGGUUGGGUCUCUGUUUCGUGUCACUCUUUUACUAUACCUACCAUUUUCGGCUUUUCGUUCCCUCCCUCCGACCACACCCCACAAUUAGGGGGAUUCACCUUUUUCUUCAUCUUCUUCUUCUUCGUCUUAGCAAAUGCCUUCCACUUGACAAACUCUUGCGCACUUUUCGUUUCUGACACCCAUCCAACUGGGUCACUCUCUGUUUCAAAACCCGGCCUGCCAAUUGACCUCAUAAGCGCAUUUUGAUGCUUUUCACCUCUCUUAUGACCGUUGCCUUGACGCACGGCGCCUGUGUCCACUUUACGUCAUCCGCCCCCAUCAUCAGUCGCCUUUUUUUUUGCAAGGCCAACGACCCUGAACGGCACGCGGACAAAUGGUAUGCGCGAAAACAAUUAUUUCUUUCUCUUCCUCCAUUCUGUUCUCUCUUUAAUGAAUGGUAAAAGACGUAUGGAUUUAGGUUUGCCAACUUUGGCCGUGAAAACUUUUGUGAUCAACUUGGGCUUCUAGAGGACACCUUCCGUUCUGUUAUCCUUUUCUGCGUCAUUUCUCAAAGCAUACACUCUGUGCGUCUUCUUGUAAAUUUAUAAUUCUAACAGUUCUCACUGGAUAUGAAAAGCUCUAGAAUCCACUGAUUCAUGCAAUCGAUUGAACUUUCAAACAUGGAUCAGACGCUUCGCUUCAAGAUCCCUCUAAACUCCUUAAUUUAUUUUAGUCAUUAAAGAUGUCAGAACUUUUUCAAAUGUACUAUGCAAGCCUUUUAAGUCACAAUUCCCUUCAUCCGAUCCAAACCAAUCAAUGUAUAUCAAAAUAUUCCACUGAAUUUUGAAGAUUUGCUUUCAAAGCACAAAUAUCUCACUUUAUUUCAUACAUCCGAUCCAAGCCAAUAUCCAGGAUCCGAACUAGUAAACCUAGUGUUCCACUUCCAACCUAAACAGGUCACUUCCUGUCAUUCCCUCUCGUCUUUCACUCGUUUCCUCCCGAAACCAACUGUGAUUUACAGUGCUUUCGCUUCCUUCGGAUCCUUAUCUCCUCUUUCUCAUUAUCCGCAUCUCUUACGCUCCGUUCCGCGUCCCGACUUAGUUUUCCGCACCUUCAGCCUCAGCCGACCUAAUGUCCAAAAACGAAGAAACAAGAAAAAAGAGAAGAAAGUAGCAGCAGCGACGAACGAAACAGAAAACCAUGGAAAUGCCGGCGUUCGUCGGCAAAGCGUGUCUCAAACUCAAAGGACUCUGUGUGAAUGUGUGGGCCGCCACUCUUGCCACGUGUCAAGAGCGCGAGCAUUUCGACGAAAAAGUGCCGCCGAGGGCGUUUCGGUAAGCCGUUUUUGCUUGCGAAUUGCUUCGGAUUUGGAUUUUCUUUUUGGGUGUUGAUUACAGAAGCUCUCAAAAUAGGGAAGUAUGAUUCAUCCUAACAUCAACCGAAUUAUUAGUUUACUGUAGUUGCAACCCAGAGCUCAGUGUGUAAAAAUGAGAUGUCGACCUCCGGAUCUUUGGAAUGUUGUCAACCCAACCACAACUUUCCCUUCCUAAAAAGUAGCAUCCUUCCCCUCCUCCUCCUCAUUCCACUUCUUGCUGGUCAUCCCUCGCAUGCACUUAUCCUCCCACUCCUUCUCCAUUUUCCGCUUUCUUCACGCCGUCCUUUCAAACAUGUGUAAAUGUGUCCCCCGGGGCGCCAGGCGACUCCCUCACACCGCGACGAUCGGUUGCCAUUUUUUGAUAAACGCCGCCCGCGACACGAUAGUAAAGUGCGGAAGAAGAGGAGCCCGUCGACUUCUGUGUCGCCCGGAAAUCGAAUGAGCCCGGCUCGCACCCCGGGAGCUCUUCUCAUGCGCCCGGCUGGCGAUAGCUGAACUCACGAACACCGAAAGGUGUGUAAUGUGGGAGCUCCCCUCGUGAUCCCACGGAGAGAAACAAUUGGCUCACCUCAAUUUAUGACCUCAGGAUCCAAUCAAUCCCCGCAAUCCCGCUGCUCUUGGCUUCCCGUUUCCCAGCGUGGAGUAUUCAAUUUCGUCGUAUCGCUCAGCCCCAAAAAGGCAACAUAAUCCGUGGGCUGGGGGUCCCUGGCUGGCCAAAACAGGUAAACAACGGUCUCCCUCUCUCCUGUUCGGAUCAUUAGCGUUAAGGGGACCAUUCAUUUGAAGGCGAUGCGAGCGGGAAUUGGGGGACACAUAAUUGUUUUAUGCGGGGCGGCACUGGUUCGGAGGAGAAGCCGCUCAAGAGGCAAAAAUAGCUUGUUUUGAGGGGGAACCACAAAUUGGCUUUCAAUUGAAAUUCAAGCAAAAAGUGUUCGACGAUUAGGUUGUAAUUCCGUCGAAAUGACCGACAAAGGAAAAGAGCAAAAAGUGAGGAUGAAUUGAGCUCACGGAAGGGCCCUUGCAAGAGCUCAGUGAUCUUCUCAAUCUCAACUUCCUUGAGCAGUGUCACUUUUCGUUUUGACCCUGUCUCAAAUUUCAGUGCUUCUUAAAUCGAAUUCUUCCCUUCCACUCAGGUCGCACUCGAACUUCCACUUCCAAAACAUGUUUUCUCCUUCAUGCUACCUGCAAGAAUGGCCCUUCGAACGCCCGUCGCCAUCAGUAACUGCCUAACACUAUACAAAAUUGAAAAGCAACAGCUGACGCCUUCUUCUCCUUUUCGUUUUCUCUUCCAGUGUCAAACAACAAUCAGUUUUUGUCUCCCCCUCUUCCUGCCUCUCCUCCUCCGUUUUCCUCCCUCCCGUCCAGCUUUCCCAUCUGAUUGACUGCCCUCCCUUCCACUACCACAAGCCACGCCCUCGCUUUCUCCGUCUCUUCCUCCUACGCGCUCUCUCGUCGCCCCGUCUGAUGCUUGCAACAACAUGAUGCAGCUGUAAAUUCGGAGGAGCCCAGAGAGCCGCCCCUCGGAGGGCUCAGUCUUCUCGCACACUGAUAUUCGGCGCCCAUUCUCUUGAAAAUGCUGAAAUUCGCUGUCGGUCCGUGGGUGGCCGAUAAGUACGGCACGACGAGUGUGGUACGGACCGCCAGGAACAUGCCACCUCAAGUUCGGAGGAUACGGUAGGUGUUUGUUUUGUUCUUUGGUAAGUUUUCUAACUUCUUCCUCAUAUCGUUCCAUCCUUCCUUCCAUAGAACAUUCUAGACAAGUUGACAUUUCGAAAUGCCAUUUCAGUCUUCACCAUGACUCGUUUCCCUCCUAACUGCACCGAUAAGAUAAGACUGUUGGCUGACAAACCGAGACUCUCCACUGCACAAUCAAACACUGUUCAACGUUAGGGGUUAGCUGAAAGGAUCAGAGAGUGUGCAUGUACUCGCUAAACACGGAAAAGCCCAAUUUCGAUCUUUCAGUCUUUUCCCCUCGUUUUCCGCUCACUCCCAGUAUGUACACAUGCAUAAAACAUUCCGUCUCACCCCGCACCGCAAAAAUGUAUUCGUCGCCCUUCCGUCCGGAGUGACAAACCAAAAAAGGGGGAGAAAUUGAGUCAAAGCGAACGUUACUGUAGUCGUAGUCGGAACAAUUAUACAAACGGAUUCAGGAUUGUGUUCGCAAGCGUCCGAUGGUCAAUUAUGGCAAGUAUUGACAUAUUCAUGGUUCACGACUUUUGUAUUGUAUUGUAUUCAGCAUGAACUUUACUCUGAUUGCUUACUAGCAGAGCGUUAACUUUCAAGUAAACGCAACCCGAUCCAUUCGCCAGAUCAGAUCACUUGUCAUGUGUCAUGUCAAGACGAAGUUUGACGAAGUUUCGUUCCAACUCCCGAUCAGAAACGACAACUGUACGAAUGUUUAGUUUUGUGUUUUGUGAUGACUAACUAACUGUUCGCAACACUUGGCAACGACUCGAUUUCGUCCUCAUUUCUCACAUCUCACCGAGAGCACUGCUUUCCGCGCCGCUUUCCGCGUUGCCGCCUCGGCGUAACCGUAAUUCGAUACUCUUGAAAACCGCCUGCCGGCUCGACGACAGACCGGUUAGUUCUCGAGCCAAAAGAGCACGGGAUUGACGGAGAGCGGCGAGGCGACAAAGACAGUUUUGAUACGAGAAAAUGAGAAGAGUUGGCAGUGAGCCGCCCGAGAGCACACGUGCCGAUGCCCAUUUGGCUCCCCCCAGUUCUCUUUGUGGGUCUUGCCACGAAGAUUACUGUAGUUUUGGUUCGGAUCGGUGCGAGACCAAUGCAAGUGUGAAGCGGCAUGUCCGAAACAUUCGGACGUAUUCAUUCCUGUCUCCUAUUUGUCCAAAUACUUCUUCUUCUUCUUCUUCUUCUUCUUCUUCUUCUCGCCACCAUCAUCAUCCAACGUCUUCUUCUUCCCUCUUUUGUCGUCGCCGCUUCGAUUGAAUUCGAAGCGGAGUGGAGAGGCUGUUGCCCACCACUUUUGCCUUUCAAAAGAAUACAGAUUAUACCGCCCGAGGUCUCCAUUCCACUCACCUAUACUGUACAGAAUCUAUGACCCAAAUCCCCCUUUGGAAUGAAAAAGUAAAAGUCAAAAAUGUUUUCCCAUUUUGCAGCGAGUCAUCGGCGCCGUCACUCCGUCAGCAGCGGCUCAGCAAAGAGGCGAUCUACUACGGAACGCAAGAGAGCUGCGACGAGAAGAGCUGGACGCCGAGCAUGGUGAGUUUUUGGGCGCAGCUGUGCUCGUUUUGAGGUGAUAAUGGAAUGGGUUCGGUUAGAGGUGUAAGAAUGGGAAAAAGAGGAAGAGGAAAUAACGAGCGACUAUUUCUGAACCACCAGUGUUGACAUUGUACUGAUGGGUGAGUGGUUUUCGGAAAUCAAGAGGAACAGAACACGGUUCUGACGCGCUUCGCUGGCUGACCACACCACAGAGCUCUGAUCAACUACCGGUGCGAACUUUCGGAGAGCACCGUCUUGUAGUUCAUUUAUUGUGUGUGCUAAAUGAAGUUACUGCGGAGUCCAGCAUCAAGAAAUGUGAGCACUUUUUGAUAGUAUACUAAAAAAUAUUAUCGGAUAGCGUAUUCAAGUUGUUCAAGCAAGUUUUGUUCGAUACAGCAACAAUCACCGUGAAAACUGUAAUAGUCCCAAAAUAGCAUUUACUCAAGACAAUAUACCUCAACUGCCCGUAGAGAUAUAAAUAAGUUGUCAACUGACAAAAUGUGCACAAAGUGUUUCUGAGCAAUAUUUUAGUUCACAACUUUUUGAUAUGUUCGCUGGCAGUGGAGGUACAUAGUACUUCAUGAACGAUAUUGGGGCGCCCUUAUAUUACAAUAUUCACCCUAAUCGCGCCGUGCGAUUCACAACUUUCAAGUGAUCUCGAGUUCCAAAGACGUUCAGUCAAAAUGGGGCCCCACCACUGUAAAUCGUAAUCCCUUUUUGAUAGAAAGUAUGAGCCGCGGAUUGAAAUCGAGUAACGGAUACGAGUAUUGUUGCCCUCGGCGCGCGAACACAAAUAUCAGUAGGGCGAUCGCAAAACAAGGUGGCAGUCGGCCACUUACUGCGUCGCCAAGUGUGCCGGCCGUCCUGGGGGGCUCUUCCAUGGGCUCCGUCCGGUUUAUUCCCGCCGCUGGGGGCGCCCCCUUUCCCGAUGCUCUGCGUCUCCGACUCGAGCCGAACCGACCGUCGAAUGGAUGGAUUAGAAGAGAGAGAGAGAGAAAGAGAUGGAGAGAAAGUCGUUGCGGUACGGUUGAGCAUACAUCUCGCUAGUGCGGUGAGAGUGGCGAGGCUCCCCCGCCAACCAAAAACUCUCUCUCUAUCUCUCUCUCAGAGUUUUCGGCUCCCCACCACAUUCGGCUCCUGAACCUUAUUCCCCUCCCGUCCGUCCGGAAAGUGCCAGGGCGAAUGCCCAUCGGUAACUCGGUGUCGUUUCGCGUCAAUGCGGCGCCCGGCAAAAUUGAUAUCGCCGAGACGAUCAAGCGGUUCAACAAACAGGUAACGCUCUAGGCGCAGUAGUUACUGUACUCUGUCAAGGCUGACGCUUUUGUACUGGGAUUUUGCUCGUUUUCUUUCUGCCCUAAGAACUUUUGCAAUUGAACGUAAUUUCCUUUUCCACUUUCAAUAACGUGGCACAGGUAAUCGAUAAAAAAUGUCCCGCUCAGCGCCAAAAAUGUGUCAAUUAGUUGUCUUUUGUGUGUCUCGCUCUCCACAAAAAAACGUCUUGCUCGCGCGAGAGACUCGGUAUGACGACUCUGUGCUCACAUUCACAAACACAAGAUUCUUCGAGAGCAUGUGCUCUUCUCGCUGUGCUCCUCCAUAACUCGCCCCCUCACAGUGAUAAUGAAUGAAACGCGUCGAGCAAGAAGGGAACCGUCUCUCUAUUUUUUCAGGCAUGCACCUCCACUUCGCCGGGAAUCCAUGUGAGCGCUUCGGUCCGUCCGGCCAACUCGGGCACUCCGAACGGAGCAUCUCGGAAGGCGGCAAACGGAUAUUCGGCGUACGGUUACGCCAAUACGACACAGACGCAACAGCCGACCAGCACGAACAAUGCCAACUACUCCCCCUAUCUUAGUGAGUCUUUUUAUGGUCCCCUGAAGCUCGGGAACGCAUUGAUUUAGAUGGAACGAUAUCUCGAUCUUCGGGAGCAGCAGUGGCGAAAGCAGUUGCGAAUCGAGGGCUUCCGCCGACUAGCCAACAGCCGUACAGUACCUCAAGCCCCAGGAACUCAGUUGCCAGUUACUCCUCGUUUGCAUCCGCAGGAAUCGGUGGAAGUCCGCCGAGAUCCAGAAGGUCUCCGCAGAGUAACAAAGUGAGUUUUUACCUUUCGAAAACUUGCAGAACAAUUCGCUUUCUUUCAGUCAAGCAGUCCUGUCGGCGAAGAUCAGUUGGUGACGAUCAGAAUGCGACCGGAUCGUCAUGGAAGGUUCGGGUUCAAUGUGAAAGGAGGCGCCGAUCAGAAUUACCCGGUUAUCGUGUCGCGAGUGGCUCCGGGAAGCUCAGCAGACAGAUGCCAACCUCGGCUCAACGAAGGAGAUCAAGUGUUGAUGAUCGAUGGAAAGGACGUCUCGACGAUGUCUCACGACCACGUUGUGCAGUUCAUCAGAUCAGCCAGGAACGGGGCGAACGGAGGGGAACUUCAGCUGCUGAUCAAACCGAAUGGUGAGUGAUUAUGGCUCGGAAAGGUUGGUGGGAACGGGAGAGAGAGAGAAAAGAGCAAGAGAAGGUCAAGUUUGGUUAAUCGGAAAGCGAGUCGGGUGACUCACUCGCAGCCCAAUCAAUCAUCAACCUCAAAAAGUUUCGCACAACAUUUUCAUAAUAGGAACAGACAUGUUUCUGCCGCCCAUACAAGCGGAUGAUUCAUUCAUUCUCUUUUCAUUAUUCACCACCUCGUGCCUCCGCUUUCGGCGAGUAGUACGGCCUGGUCUGCCUGUUUGCCAGUUGUUUUUAUUUAUUAGCAUUGACAUGGUUCCUCAUCAUUUUACUUAUUUCAGUGUACCGUCUCGGAGAAGAAGUCGACGAGCCCGACAGCACGAUGGUUCCGGAGCCCGCGCGAGUCGCCGACUCCGUUCCCCGAUCCGACAAGCUCUCACAAUCGCUCCGACUGCUCGCAGACGCUCUGAACUCUGGAAAGAUCGUGGAUCAGUUUGAGAUGUUAUACAGAAAAAAGCCAGGAAUGUCGAUGAACAUUUGUAGGCUCAAUGUGAACUUGAGCAAGAAUCGGUGAGCUCUUUCUCUUUCUGAAAUUUGAAGUCAACUAGAUCUUUGCAGUUACCGAGACGUGUGUCCCUAUGAUGAAACUCGAGUGGCUCUGCAAACGUCUGGAACUGGUGAUUAUAUCAAUGCCAACUAUGUCAACGUGAGUUUUGCGAUCGAGCUCACUUUUAUUCUCCUGUAUUUCAGAUGGAAAUUCCGUCGCCUGGAAUCAUAAACCGAUACAUUGCUUGCCAAGGUCCCCUGGCUCACACUUCCGCAGACUUCUGGCUGAUGGUAUGGGAGCAGUUGUGUGCCACAAUCGUGAUGCUCACGACGAUCACGGAAAGGGGGAGAGUCAAGUGUCAUCAGUACUGGCCACGACUAUACGAGAGCCAAGAGUACGGUAGACUAAUAGUCAGAUGUAUCAAAGAUCGGCAGACGACGAACUGUUGUUAUAGAGAGUUCAGUGUUAAGGAUAGAACUGUAAGUUCCACAAAAGAUUCUGGAAGAUGUAAAAGAUUCCCAUUUUCUUUUCAGACAAACGAGGAGAGGCGGGUGACUCAAAUGCAGUACAUCGCAUGGCCAGAUCACGGAGUGCCGGACGAUCCGAAGCACUUCAUUCAGUUUGUGGACGAAGUUCGGAAGGCGCGGAUGGGGUCGGUGGAUCCGAUUGUCGUGCACUGUUCGGCGGGCAUCGGAAGAACCGGAGUGCUCAUUCUGAUGGAGACGGCCGCGUGUCUUGUCGAGUCGAACGAGCCCGUCUACCCACUGGACAUUGUGAGGACGAUGAGGGAUCAGAGGGCGAUGCUCAUCCAGACACCCGUGAGUUUUCGAGCGAUUCUGAUUAUCUUCAACCUCUUUUUUUCCGUUUCCAGGGUCAGUACACAUUCGUGUGCGAGUCGAUCCUCCGAGCGUACGACGACGGAACGAUCAAACCGUUGGCCGAGUACCAGAAGCGCUGA